CCAAUUUACGUCGGUUUACGUCGUUGUGAACGUGAUUGUCGUGAGUGCUUAGUGGAAUGCAUCCUUUAUGUACUUUUGGCAUGAUUUUUUCCUUUGACAUUUGACAUUUUAUAUAAAAGACACUUGACAGAAUUUAGUUGUUAUCAUAUUUUAGGAUUAACUUUUUCAAGUCAAAUUGAGUGAUUGUAUUAACCGGGUACAUUAGUUUUAAGUAUUUGUGUAUAAGAGUGAUGUAAAAUUUUAUGAUACAUUUUCUAACGUGUGUUCCAAAUUAUAUCUAAUUAAGAUAAGAGACACAUAUUUAUAUAGUAUUAUCGAUUAUUUUGAGGAACGAUGUCAAAAGUCAGGUUAUAAUUUGUUGAAAAACUUUUAUUUAUGCUCUGGUGACGUAAUUAUUAAGGAAUGAACUUUAGUAAAAAGUGAAAAAUUAAUAUAAAAUGGAUGUUCGAAAUUCAAUUAGAGACUGGUACAAAAUACCAAAAGGUAUACUAAGGCUGUGCUUUAUUUUAAUAAAUAAUUUAUAUUCAAUACCAACGUAUGUGAUGUGGAUGUUCCUCUUGUUACCACUCAGAAAAGUUAACCCAGAGGUUUAUUGGAAGAUCGAAGGAUAUUUUUUCCAUUGGCUUUUAGCCAUGGUUUCAUUAUGGAGUUAUUCGGCAGGUUAUAACAUUGUGGAAUUAGGAGAUGAUCUUACGGAAUGUUUAGAUGAUCGGACACUUGUAAUAGCAAAUCAUCAAUCUACAGCUGAUGUGCCUUUAUUAUUUGCUUGUUUCAAUCCGAGGAAACAAAUUAUACCAAAUAUAAUGUGGAUCAUGGACAGUGUCUUCAAAUAUACAAAUUUUGGAGUUGUUAGUGUCUUGCACAAGGAUUUUUUUAUAAUGUCGGGUAAAGCAAAGCGUGAAAAAUCUCUCCAAGAAUUCAGAAAACAUUUGUUGAAUUAUUACAUCCCCCUUAAAAGGAAAUGGUUGGUAUUGUUUCCCGAAGGUGGAUUUUUAAGGAAACGGAAAGCUAUAUCUCAAAGAUAUGCCGAAAAAAUGAAUUUACCCAAAUUUGAACAUGUUACUUUACCAAGAGUUGGAGCUAUGCAAGUUAUAAUGGAUACUUUGAGUCAAAAGAGCGCCAUAAAUAAUAAUUCCAAUUCUGAAAAUAGUGAUAAAACAGAAAUUCCAAAAAUCGAAUGGGUCCUCGAUAUAACGAUCGCAUAUCCUAACGGUUGGCCUGUAGAUCUGAGCCAUAUAGUAUUUGGACAUCGUGAAGCUUGUGAAACAAUUAUGUUUUACCGAUUAUACCCCUGCAAAGACCUACCUCAGGAUUCAGAAAAUCUUACUAAAUGGGUGUUCGAUAGGUGGUCGGAGAAAGAAAAAAUGUUAGAUUCCUACUAUCGGACCGGUACAUUUACUUGUGAUUUUAAUAGUAAGAAGUGUGUAGGUCCGCGUCGGGCUGUAGUACAAGAUUAUUUGAGAUUUGCUAUAUUACACGUAUUUUUUAUAGCUUCAACUUAUUUGCACGUACAGAUGUUUGUGGCAGCUUACAACUAUUACAAUUAUUUUGUUUAUUAACAUCCCCGUAUUUAGUAUUUCACCAAAUUCAAAAAUUAUAUCGAUUUUCGAGAAAUAACAGAACUGAAAAUAUAUUUUUUUAUAUACUAGGUGUAUAUUGAGUGUGAUUUAAUAUUUGAUGUACAAUAUCAACUAAAAAUUUCUAUGUAUUCGAAGUUUUUCUUAGUGUACUGUCAAAAAAAAAAAUAAUAUUCUUGUGAUAUAUUAAUGAUGGCAUGAGGCUCAUUUGACUUUGAUGUUUCAAAGUAGUUCAUUUAUUUCUAUAAUUAUGACGUUUACGAGUAGUUCAUUCGACUCAUAAGUUUGAAUGUCCCAAAGUAGUACAUUUUUCGUUAGAAGCCAAUCAACGUUGAAAGGAAGU